AGUGCAUUGAGUUGCGUACAGCAAAUCCAGUUUUGCUGCCAUAGCUUUCUUCACCAUUGCAAUGGAGCAACCUUCUUUUGUGUCUUCAUGUGGUUCCACCUAUGAUGUUUUCUUGAGUUUCAGAGGAGAAGACGUUCGCAAGAAUUUCGUUGACCAUCUCUACACUGCGAUGCAGCAAAGAGGGAUUUACACUUUCAAAGACGAGGAGAAGCUGGAAAGGGGAAAGUCCAUCUCGCCCGCACUUGAGAAGGCAAUUGAAGAAUCGUCCAUGGCGGUCGUCGUCUUCUCCGAGCACUACGCUGAUUCUUCAUGGUGUUUGGAGGAACUGGUGAAAAUCAUGGAGUGUAUGAAGGUAAAAGGUCAGACGGUUGUUCCCAUUUUCUAUGGCGUGGAUCCUUCGACUGUGAGGAAACAGAAGGGAAAGUAUGGAGAAGCCUUUGAAGGACACGAGAAGAGCUUUGAGAAAGAAGGAGAAAAGGUGAAGAAAUGGAGGAAAGUGCUGGAGGAUGUAUCCAAUUUGUCGGGUUGGGAUCUGAACAACACUGAAAAUGGGCAUGAAGCAAAGUUCAUCCAGAGAAUUGUUAAAGAUAUCAUUACUAAAAUGGGUUCAACAAGGACAAUUGAUGAUCAGAUACUGGUUGGGAUAGAGGCUCGUAUGCAGAAACUGUAUCGAUUGAUAGGCUUAGAGUCUAAUGAGGUUCGCUUUAUUGGAAUACAUGGGAUGAGCGGGAUUGGAAAGACAACUAUUGCAAGAUCUGUGUAUGAGAAGUUCUCAAAAGAAUUCGAAGGUUGUAGUUUUAUUCAUGAAGUUAGAAGUGAGUCAGGCAAACAUGGUGUGGUGCACUUGCAACAGAAACUUGUAUCUAAGAUUCUUUCAGUAAAAGAUUUGAAAAUAGACAAUGUGUUUGAAGGAAAAAUGAUGAUACGGCAAAGGCUGCAUUGCAAAAGAGUGCUUAUUGUGCUUGAUGAUGUUGAUCACAGGGAUCAAUUGGAAUCAUUGGCUGGAAACAGUGAUUGGUUCGGUGCUGGAAGUAGAAUCAUCAUAACAACCAAGGAUAAGCACUUGCUUAUUAGCCAUAAAGUGAACAUUAUGAAAUACUACAAAAUGAGAGUGCUAGAGGAAGCUGAAAGCUUUCAACUCUUUAGGCAGCAUGCAUUUAAUAAACAGCUACCGUUGCUACCUACCAAGGAAUUUGAGGUGCUCGAAGCUCAAGUGGUACACUAUGCUGGAGGCCUUCCGUUGGCUCUUAAAGUUUUUGGGUCUCUCCUAUAUGGCAGAGAUAUUGAUGAAUGGAGAAGUGAAGUUGCCCGACUUAAGGAAAUCCCAGAAGAUGAGAUUUUAGAGAAACUUAAAGAAAUGGGGUGGUCUAUUGUUCGCCAAGAAGCUUCAGAUGAUCCAAAAAGAUAUAGCAGGUUGUGGCUACCUCAGGAUAUUUCUCAACUACUUACCGGAAGUGAGGGUACAGAAAACAUCAAAGGUAUAGCAUUCAACUUGAAGGUUGCAACAGAUGUGAAAGUUAGUAGUGAGGCCUUCACACACAUGACCAAGCUAAGACUUCUCAAAUUUCACAAUGCAAAUGCUUCUCAUGCCCCUAAUUUUCUCCCUGGCGAGUUAAGGUGGCUAGAUUGGCAUGGAUAUCCUUCAAAAAGUUUGCCUGCUACUUUCCAGGGACAAAAACUUGUUUCUCUUAAAAUGCAAUCCAGCCGUAUCAUACAACUUUGGAAAGGAUUCAAGGUCCUGGACUAUUUGAAAUUCAUGAAUCUGAGCCACUCUCAGAAAUUAAUUAGGACUCCAGAUUUCACAGGAAUCCCAAAUCUUGAAACAUUGAUUCUAGAACAGUGUACAAGUUUGGUAGAGAUCCAUGCUUCUGCUGGAUUUCUCAAGAACCUUGUUUCACUUAACAUUAAGCGCUGUGUAAAUCUAAAGAGGCUUCCCGAAAGCAUUCAUUCUGAAAAGCUGGAGACAAUGAUCCUUUCAGGCUGCUUGAAACUUGAAAAUUUUCCAAAAAUUGCAUCUCCCAUGGAUUGCUUGUUAGAAGUACAUGCUGAGGCUACUGCUAUAAGAGAAGUGCCAUCAUCAAUCGAGUGCAUCACAAACCUGAGGUUAAUAGAUGUAAGCAAUUGCAAACAUCUUGCAAGCCUUCCAAGUAGCAUUUGUAGAUUGAAAAGUCUGAAAGUUGUGAUUCUCUCUGGUUGUUCCAAGUUUGAGAAAUUACCAGAUGAAUUGGGAGAAAUGGAAUGCUUAGAAGAGCUGUACUGUGACAAGACAGCGAUCCAAGAGCUACCAUCCUCCAUUUCACUUCUCAAGAAACUUGUUUCACUUAACCUUAUGCACUGUGUAAAUCUGAAGAGGCUUCCCGAAAGCAUUCAUUUAGAAAAGCUUGAGACAAUGAUCCUUUAGGCUGCUUGAAACUCGAAAAUUUUCCACAAGUUGCAGGUCCCAUGGCUUGCUUGUUAGAAGUACAUGCUGAGGCUACUGCUAUAAGAGAAGUGCCAUCAUCAAUCGAAUGCCUCACAAACCUAAUGUUAAUAGAUCUAAGCAAUUGCAAGCAUCUUGCAAGCCUUCCAAGUAGCAUUUGUAGAUUG